UGCCUGCAGUCCACAAUUUAAGUUCCAUCCCUCUCUCUCUCUUCAAUGGCGUUUCUUCCCCGUUUCUCUCGCUCUAACUUUUGCCGACCCCACUUCUUGAGGUUCCUGCAAAGUUCCACCCUCAAUUUCCACACCAGAGCUCCAUCUCACCAUGAAUACGUCAAUCAUCAAAAGGGGAGAUCUCUUCUUCCAUGGCUUUCGUCUUUGCCCAUUGCAGUUGCAGUUGCACUCUCAGCUGGAGCUUAUGCUCUAAACCUUGAGAAAACUCAUUCUCUCUGUGAACCUGAUCGCGGUCAUAGUCUUGGAGGCAAAGGAAGCACUGAGCUCGUGGUCCAAGGCUAUCAUAAAGAUGUUCCACUUGAGCUCAUUAACGAAUUGAGGACUAUAUGUAAUGGUAAUAUUAGUUUGGAUUAUGAUGAGCGGUUCCUACAUGGGACGCCGCAAAAUAGCUUUCACAAAGCAGUUAAUUUUCCAGAUGUGAUCGUGUAUCCCAGUUCAGAGGUGGAAGUAUCUAAGAUUGUCAGAGCUUGCAACAAGCAUAAGGUUCCCAUUGUUCCGUAUGGUGGUGCUACUUCGAUCGAGGGUCAUACUUUGUCUCCUCAUGGAGGUGUUUGCAUUGAUAUGUCGACAAUGAAGAGAGUUAAAUCAUUGCAUGUUGAAGACAUGGAUGUGGUUGUUGAGCCUGGGAUUGGAUGGAUGGAGCUUAAUGAAUAUCUGAAACCAUACGGUUUAUUCUUUCCGCUUGAUCCAGGACCCGGUGCGACUAUUGGAGGCAUGUGUGCAACUAGAUGCUCUGGUUCUCUGGCAGUAAGGUAUGGGACGAUGCGAGACAAUGUUAUCAACCUACAGGUUGUUCUAGCAGAUGGGGACAUUGUGAGGACUGCUUCCCGUGCUCGAAAGAGUGCUGCUGGGUAUGACUUGACUCGGUUGAUGAUUGGUAGUGAAGGCACCUUGGGCGUGAUAACAGAAGUGACUCUCAGGCUUCAGAAACUUCCUGAACAUUCUGUGGUUGCUAUGUGCAAUUUUAAGACAAUUAAGGAUGCUGCUGAUGUUUCAAUUGCUACAAUGCAUUCGGGGAUACAGGUCUCCAGAGUGGAGCUCUUGGAUGAGGUUCAGAUCAGAGCUAUCAAUAUAGCAAAUGAAAAAAAUUUGCCUGAAGUUCCAACAUUGCUCUUUGAAUUCAUUGGAACUGAAGCAUAUACACGUGAGCAAACACUGCUGGUUGAGAAGAUUGUACGUGAGCAUGAUGGCACUAAUUUUGUGUUUGUGGAAACUCCUGAAGCUAAAACAGAGCUUUGGAAAAUAAGAAAGGAGGCCCUUUGGGCAUGCUUUGCUAUGGCACCUGAUUAUGAAGCUAUGAUUACGGAUGUAUGUGUUCCUUUAUCAAGGCUUGCGGAAUGCAUAUCAAAAACUAAAGCUCUACUUGAUGCAUCAAGCUUACUCUGUGCAGUGGUAGCCCAUGCUGGUGAUGGAAACAUCCAUGUAAUUAUUAUGUUUGAUCCAAACCAAGAAGACCAUCGAAAAGAAGCUGAAAGCUUGAAUCAUUUUAUGGUCCACACUGCAUUGGAAAUUGAAGGUAUAACUUCAAUGCUUGACCAGAGAGAGAGAGAGAGAGAGAGAGAGAGAGAGAGAAGUGAUAGUACAACAAUAGUACUACUACUUCGUCGUACCGACGACGACUAG